AUGCGCCAGGAAUUUUGUGGGCGGACGUCGUGUCAUCAUCCACUCUGGACGAAGCGGCACAACAAACGUCCACGUUUGAACGUCUCAUUGGAGGCCAACAACAACGGGGGAACCACUUCAAUCAACAACAACGAAAACACGGCAAACAUCAAAACAUCUAAAAAACCAACAAAAGUUAUUGGCAAAAAAGUUGUUGAAGAUUGUAAAUUGAGGGCAGACACAAAUUUAAUUAAAAAAUCUGUGUUCUCAAUGAGCAACAUUAGUAAAUGCCAUCGAAGAGAUGUUGUUGAAUUUUUGACGUCAAAUGGAAUCAAUGUCAUCACAUGUUAUCCUGUUUUGAAAAAAACAGAAAUAUCGUCGGAUAAAAAUUUUGACGAAGAUGACCAGGAAUGA